AUGAAAGUAAUAGUGACAUGCGACUUGACUGGAGCAAAUGUGUUUCCAAUUGAAAUAAGCAACAAUAUGGAAAUGGAAAAUUUUUUGGUACUUUGCAAAAUUGAAAUUCCUGCCUUGAGUGAUGUACCGACGUCGCAGUUAAACAUCAUUCACAAUGGACAUACAAUGAAUGUGAAUGAGAGCAAUUUGAAGAAAACUUUGAAUGAUUGGAAAAUAUAUGAUAAUGAUAUAAUUGUGCUGGUAGCAAACAAACCAACAACAUCUUCUAAACAACCUCGAUAUUCAAAUACUUUGGUUGCAGAUUUAGUAAAGUCAAUCAGAGUGCCACAGGAUAACAUGCGUCAUGGCAAGAGUGAUCUAAAAAAUAAUGAACUUGAUCAGCUUCGUAUGCUUUUUGAUGGACUCAGGAAUAGCAUGGAGCGUCGCGAUCGUUUGCGUAACGUUGUUCCAAAUUUAGUUGCUGCGGUUGAACAAAACAAUUUUGAUAUGUUUAAAGCACAGUAUAUUACUGAACGAGAAAAUGCAUUUGCUCGAGAACGAGAAAUGCUUGAUCCAACAAGUGCCGAAGGACAACGACUGAUUGCCGAACAGAUCCAACGUGAAAACAUUGACUUUUCACAUCAGUUCGCAAUGGAACAUAUGCCCGAAGCUUAUAUACCUGUGACAAUGCUGUACAUCAAGAUGAAAAUAAAUGGGGUCGAAGUAAAAGCAUUCGUGGAUUCAGGAGCACAAGUGUCUAUAUUGUCCGAUUCCAUUGCGCAGCGUUGCAAUUUGAUGCGCUUAGUGGAUAAGAGGUUUCGAGCAACGGUACAUGGAGUUGGUGGCGCUCAACAGUUAUUAGGAAAAAUACAUGCAUGUCAAGUUCAAAUUGAAGAGCAAUUUUUCUCAUGUAAUUUCGAUGUUCUGGCGAACGGUGAUAUUGAGGUUUUGCUUGGCCUAGACAUUCUUAAACGACACAGUUGUGUCAUUGAUUUACAAAACAAUUGUUUGCGAUUCGGCGAAUCAGCAUUUACGCACUUCUUACCGGAUUCAGAAGUUCCACAAAGAAAUCCGGAACGAUUCGGGACUGCACAUGCUAGCAGUGCGAAUGUAGAAGUGGAUAGCGCAAAGUUGGCUUCGCUGAUGGCACUUGGUUUUGAAGAAACAGCAGCUCGUACAAUGCUUAUACAGUGUGGAAAUGAUGUGGAAGCGGCAGCCGCAAAUUUACUAGCUAGACAAUCAACACUGUGA